GUCAUUUUUCGGGUAUUGUCGGAGUAAACUACUUGACUUGAAAAUGAUUUUUCCUUGGCCAUAGGAAAAUUUAUAAUUGAAUCCAGUUAAAAUAAAUUUGGACAAGUUUUGGGCCAACUGCUUAAUUAUAUAAAGGUAUCACCAAGCUUUACAAUUAUAGUACAAUGGAAGACAAAGUUCUUACCGAAGAAACAUGGCCACAAGAAGCCGAGGCGGCGAUCAACGACAUACGCAAACACGUGAAAUCGGCCAACAUAUCAACGCAGCUGAAAAACGACAACCAACGGAUUUACAUCAACCUCACAACCCUGGAGAACUCCGACUAUUGUAUUGAGAUGUCCGCCGCCGGGUUCAGAGUCGUGGGUCGGACUUACGACGACACAACCCUAGCGAUCAUCGAGAACAUGAAUUAUGAAACCCCCUACGCUUUGCUCAAUAGCAUCAGUCAGAAAUACAGGGAGUCUUUCGGCGGUGAGUUGAUGAACAAAUUACUGGAUCUUGCGAAAAAGGAGACUUGAAUUUUGAGUCGUUUACAGGCGAUUUUAGAGCUUAUUUUGUUAGUAACAGCCUUACUAGACUAGAUGUCACAUACACGAGCUUUCGGAGAAAUAUUGUUGGGUUUCCGUAUUUUCGAGGGUUGUUAAAAGUGAUAAGAAGGUUGUAAUUGGCGACUGUUGAAACUGUCAGUAUUUAUCAGUGCUAUAAAUGUAUUUAAAGGUAACAAUUAGACCAAAUUAGGAUAAAUUGUAAUCGUAAUAGUGUUUCUCAAGGUAAAAUUACCGAAAAUAUAAUAUACUAAUUGUUUGGCAUAUAAAUGUAUAUUGAUGUAUGUAUAGGUUUAGUAGCUACAAAAUAUGUAGUGUCCUCUUAUAUUGGUUUCUCAAUUGUGCCCUUACCCUGUGUAAAAAUGCAGGCUUUUUGUCUGUGCUAGCUUGACAACGUAAAAGUCCUAUAAUGUUUACGGAUUUUCGGUUUUGUACACUUAAUUUUUUCCAAGUGGGAAUAAGUGGGUUGGUGGAUAGGUCACAUCAUAUUAUCAAUAAUAAAUGCGAAAGCGCAAAGAACAGAUACAGAACAAUAAAAAAUAGCAGUUGCUUAGCAUUUCUGCAUGGGUCAAAAUUAUCCACUUUUUUUUUACAAUCUACAAUCGGGAUGCAUUUCUUAUUUUGUAGGCUUGAAAUGAAACGGCUGCCUAGCAUCGCUUUCCAGUGUCGUCACACUCGUCACCAGAUGGCUAUAUUCAGUAGAACCCGUUUAAUACGAUUUCCCGCGUAACACGCCAUUUUACACUGGUGCCUGCAACUUGCUUUCAUACAUUUGUGGUAUUUUCUAUAAAAAGGGACCUUAUUGUCGAUGGCGCUUACGCCAUUAUAAACCAUGCUCCGAUAAAAAUACAAUGCCGCGCAACGCGACGCUUUGCGGCGUAAGCGCGAUCGACAUUAAGGUCCCUUUUCAUAGAAAAUGCCCCAUUUUUAUCAGUACACUUUUCCGCUUGAGACGCGUUUCUCUAGAUAGAUCCCUUCAGAUUUUGAGAAUCUUUGGGCGGGUUUUAUACUAUAUUAGUACUACUAGUACCUAUGACUUAGAUUACGUCAAUGUUUUUUAAACUUUUUAAUUUGAGAACAUUGCGACUAUUUGUGACCACUGUGAAUGAAAUCAUAACAAGGGUUGCACAAUAUAGGUAGGUGUUAGCUGUUGACUGUUUACUGCAUUUUCUAUGUGUCAAUUAUGUAAUAAGAUUUCUGAACAAUGUUUUGUAGUUAGGAAUACUUAUAAAUUUUCGCUCAGGUUACUAAUAAUAUAAUACGUUAGGGGCUUUAACCAGAAUGAUGCUUACAUAACGCGUGUGGCAGUGGCAGUAUUGUCAGCUACGUAUAAAAAUAAGCGCAUUCCCGUUGCCAGGGAUGAGGGAGGUUUUGAAAUUAUACUGAGCAACUUUUACUAUGGGACCAACCAUGAAAUCGCGAAAAAAAAAAUUACCCUCCCAUAAAAUCGACCAGCCAAAAUGUAUGAAACAGCCAAAAAAAAUUGGGAUUUCGGGGUUGGUCCCAUAGUAAAAGUUGCUCAGUAUAAUCCCAAAACCUCCCUGGCAACGGGAAUGCACUUAUUUUUUAGCCACCGUGUAUAAUAAAAUGCAUAAAGCUCUACAAUACACCGUUAAAUGAUCAAGCAAAGCUAUAUAUAUGUUAACUCAUUCACUGCCAGCGACCCGCUAGGCGGGUUCACUGUUUAUUGGCGCUUUUCGCUACAAAGCGGAAAAUACAAUAUAUCAGCUAAGCGCGCAGCUUGCGCUGGAAGUGAAAGUGUUAAAGGGUGUGAUCUGUACUGAACGUACACACACCAGACGAAGGCUAAUAAUGAUGGAAGAAUGGAUUCUCCGAAACCAUUACUUUCGCUAAACAUACACGGGGGUUGAAUCGAUUGCUCUUAAGGUCCUCUAUCACUGCCUUCGUACGAGUAUGAUUCAUACUGAACGCGUUACCGCGUAUAAAGACCACAGAUAGGCGUCCUAGUAUUUUUUUUUGUUGCGAAAGCGAAACUGUGGUGGAAUGCACCAUAUACAAAAAAUACGCUACAUUUUUUCAAAGAGAAGUUGAAACUCCGAAGAUCAAUCUAAUGUCAAUAAACAUAGUGUUGUAUGUUUUAAUGUGAUCUGAUUAAACUAUUUAUGUUGUGGUUAGAAUUAGUUAUUAAAAAUAGUUCGGAUUGCAGUGACGCUCUCUUUUUAUUAUAAAAAUUUAGCUCUUUUCAUGAAUUAGCUCGUGAAAUAGAGGCCAAGUCUGGGAAAGAUAAUAAGAGACUUUUUCUGCGCAUCAUAAAGAUAUUUUAAAAUUGAUUUAGUUAAUGUAAUACCUAAUGAUAAUAAAUGUAAAUGAAAUAAAGUUAAUAAAGCAAAAAGUCAUAAUAAAGGAAAAUAGUUGAAAACGUACCUAUUGUAACACCUGCUGCUAAAAACGUUUAGAAAUUUAAAAAAAAAUUGUUGUGGGUGCUUUCUUUGACUAUGGCUCUACCUAUAAAUUUACUUGAAUGUUAGUUUUUGUGUCAUAUUAUAUAAGUUACAUGUGCAAUACACUCGCAUCAGUACAACAACAGACUGAGUACAAACUGUAUUAAAUGUUAGCUUUAGUAUUGUGAUAGUAAACUGAAUUUAUUUGUUAAAAA